AUGGCUCUCAUAGAGUCUGGUCAGAGUCCAGUACACUCUGCUGCAGAUGGAGGUCAUGUGCAGUGCCUGCAGCUCCUGGUUGACAGCGGUUUUGAUGUGAAUGCUCUACUUGACCAAACCAUCUCCGACAACUACAGUGACAUGCGUAGGAGCGCCCUUUACUUUGCCGUCUCAAAUGGAGAUGUAACUUGCACAGAGAUGCUGUUGAAUGCCGGAGCCAAACCUGAUCUGGAUCCCCUGCAGUGCCUCCUAGUGGCGGUGAGAGUUGGGAUGUACGAGAUUGUCAGGAUUCUCCUGGCCAGCCGAGCAAAUGUGAACUGUUACUUUACUGAGGUCAACGACACAGUGUUUCCCACUGCCUUACAAUACUGCCUGAAGGAUGAGGAGAUGAUGCGAUUACUACUUAAUCAUGGAUAUGAUUUCUGUGACUUCAUGAGUUUGAGCUGCCUGGUUGACCUGUCUGGACGAGUGGUACUGAUCCUACUGGACUAUGUCAUCUGCGUCCCCCUCUGCUCACGACUGAUAUCCAUCCUGGAGAAACAAAAGGAGUGGGCAGAGAUAUGCACCAUCUUGAACAACCCACGAUCCCUGAAGCACCUCUGUCGUCUGGAAAUCAGAAAACACAUGACCAUUAAAAGACUCUGUAAUACCAUUAUAAUGGAUUCUUUUCCACCUCCGAUUAAAAAUUACCUGCUGUACAAGGAAUAUGAUCUGACUUGA